ACAAAGCAGGGUAUCUCAGCAACGGCUCAAACUUUGAAUUUUGUUUAUUUUGACAAACGCAGAUCAAAGAUUGUAUUUACUAAUUGUGUUUCGGUAUUUUAAUUUUUGUUCGAAUUAUAUAUAAUAAAAUAUAAUUGGAUUAUAUAUGUUCAUAUAUGUAUUAUAAUAUGUUUGGAAUAGAAUUAUUUCCACCUCAAGACUUGAAGGAGAAGGAGAUAGCAAAAAUUGAGAAAAAGCGAAAAAUUAAAGAGGAAAGGAAGGCAAAAAUAUUCAACCCUAGAAACAAAUUGAUUGAUAUCCCUGGGGGCAGUACACCUGAUGAUGAUCGGACAGAACCAUCUUAUGUGCAUAUUAACGUGGAUAAAACGAAUGAAAAUAUGGAGGAUCCAGAAACCACCAGCACUCCAAUACCAGAACAGUCUCAGAAUCGGGACAUAAGUGGGCCGCACUCACCCUCCAAAUCUCAAUUCCAUACAGCUCCGGACUAUCAACCUAAAAAGAUGUAUAAGCCACGGUCUAAAAUUCAGCAAACUGCUUCUACUGCUCGUGAACUCAACAGUUUGAGUGAAUCAGUUUUACGCAGUGACAUUGAGAUUGAGAAAGACAGUGAAUGGAACAUUUAUGGGAAACGCGUGGCAGCACAAUUAAAACGUAUGACUCCUGCUCAGGCACUCACUGCCCAAAUGGAAAUCAAUAAUAUCCUAAGAAAGUGCAGUUUGGAUGAUUUGAGUUGGGCGUCUACAGGACCAGAUCGCGUUUUGAAUGUGUCUACUAGGCCUAUGUAUGAUCCUUCAAACAAUUCCAUUUCCAGCAACAUCUUCGAGGCAUCUCCAGAGCUUGACACAGAUAUUACUCAGAAUAUCAUUAUAUCGAACACUGAAGCACCUGGAACUUCCGAGGCCAAUCCUGGUAUUUUUUCAGAAGUUUUAACCGCUCUUGGCUACAAAACAGAUGGAUUAAACAAGUAGAUGAUGAAGAAAAGUAGCAAAAAACUACAGCCACAUUGAAGACUGAACUUUUCACUUUUUCAUUAUGUUAAUUACUAAAAACUGUUCAUUUUACUAUAGUCUGUCCAUGCAGAGAAGACAUUCUGAAAAUAUGAGAAAAUGACUCCAACUCGGUCAAUAUUGGUUCAAAAAUUGAUCUCAAAUUGUGUUGUUAUGGAAGCAAUUUUUGGGAGAAAUCCUAUAUGCUUCCAUGUUUUUCAUAAAUGAAUUAUUAGAAUAAAAAUGUUUCCCACAAUUUGAGACCAAAUUUAUAAUAUUUUUGAACCAAAUAUUGACUGAGCUGGAGUCAUUUUCCCAUGUAUCUAGAAUGUUUACUGUGUUUGGUCACAUACAAUAAAAAAUUAUUACUUU